AUGCCUGCAAACAGGUUUGAACCCUCGUCAAUCAAAAAUAAGCUGAAACGAGAAGAAGUUGCUCGCAAGGCAAAGAAAGGGAAACGACAGGAGAAGCUUCAGAGGAGGUUGGCAAGAGCAAAAGUUGAAGCUAACGACCCGUUGGCUAAGAAAAAACGGCUAGCAGAAAAUGUCCCUAGGACUCUGGAUAACACGAGAGAAUUUGACCCUUCGAUAUUAACCGCUGCUCCGUCAAGCCAACCUGACCCUCCUCUUGAACAAACCGCAUCGGAUUCUGGCCAGCAACCUGCCGACGAGUCAGCUCUCGAUAUUUCCUCUGACCCCUUUGCGUCGUAUUUUGCUUCGGCCUUCGACUCUGACCCGUCAGUCGCACCGAAAGUGCUCAUCACCACUUCGUUCAAAUCAUCAAAAUUAACUUACGAUUUUUGCGACGAGCUUGUGAAUGUCGUUCCUGGAGCUGAGUUCAUAAGACGGAAGAAGGGAAAGGGAUUUGAGAUUGGGAAUAUUGCGGCAUGGGCUGCUGGGAGGGGUUAUUCUAAUAUGGUUGUGGUGAAUGAGGAUAUGAAGAAGCCUAAUGCUAUCACACUUAUACACCUUCCCGAAGGUCCUUCCUCCUAUUUCAGACUAUCGUCGAUCCAGCUCACGAAGCAAAUUAGUGGCCAUGCACGUUCGACGGAUCAUUUUCCUGAACUGGUCCUCAAUAAUUUUGUUACCCGACUAGGACAUACAGUUGGUCGGAUGUUUCAGACACUGUUUCCUCCUAUGCCAGAAUUUCAAGGGAGGCAAGUGGUGACAUUGCACAAUCAGAGGGAUUUUCUAUUCUUUCGGCGACAUAGAUAUGCAUUCCGGUCUACCGAAAAAGCAGCUUUGCAGGAAAUCGGACCGAGAUUUACGUUGAAGUUGAGGUGGAUGAAGAAGGGAAUACCGGCCGUGCAGGCAUUAGGUCAACCUUUGAAGCCACUGGAACUCGCUCCUGACGAAGGUGGAGAUACCGAGAAACUCAAUGACGCUAGCGGGGCCGAAGUCGCCGUUCCUGACAAUUCAGAGGAGACGGCUGCGCAUGAAGACGAGGAAACAAGUGAAACUGAGUCGCAUACUGAAGCGAAGAAGAAAAUUGUGCCACCUACGAAGGACGAAUACAUCUGGAUGUGGAAGCCUGAGCUCGAGACGUCAAGACGGACAUUUUUCCUAUAGGCAUUUGCGUAUCGUAUUAUCUGUGGACCUCGCAAUUAUAUUUAAGUAAAUUAGAUAAAAACUUAGAAAAUACACAUUUGAAUUUUU